AUGUCCGCAUGUGUUCAGACAUCGUGCAAAUGGGAAGAUCAGCUCGUAAUGUCGAAAUUGACGCAAGACCUGUGCCGCGCCUUCCCGCACGAGUCUCGAAAAUCCGAGAUCAAACGGGUUGCUACAGUGUUCGCAUCCAUCAUAUUUCCCAUCGUGGGAUUGAGACUGCUCUCACGAUAUGUCGCAACGAACCGGCUUGAGUUCGACGAUUGGAUAACGAUUGCCACGUCUCUCGUUGUAGGCGCAACCCUUGGAUGCGUUAUAUCAACUGCUAAUCUCGGAUUCGGAAACCAUUUCUGGGACAUUGAUCCAAGCAACGCCGAGGGCAUCGCCAAGCUCUACUACUCCAUCCAGAUGCUCUACGUUGUCAUCAUCAUCAUGGUCAAAACGGCAAUUGUAGCCUUCUUCGCGCGCAUCUUCCCACGUCGCAAAUUUCAGAUUGCCGUCUACAUCGUUCUGGCGGUCCUCCUCUGCCACGGCCUGUUGUUCGUCCUCCUCAUCAUGUUCGAAUGCGCCCCCGUGGCCGCCAUCUGGGACCGUACACUCGAACGGAAAUGCAUCGACCUCAACGCCGUCACAUUAGCGAGCGCCAUUCUCAGCAUCAUCGAGGACUUCGUAAUCCUGGCCAUGCCCAUUCCGGAACUGAGGAGACUCGAACUUACGCGCAAGAAGAAGUCUGCGUACAUGCAUCACCUCAAUGGGGAACGUGUCGAUCUAGUGAACUGGAGUGUCGCCGAGAUUUCCUCCGCGCUGUUGUGCGGAAGCCUCCCAGCGUUGCGACCCCUUUUCAUGAAGAUCCCCGCCCUCCUCGCCAUGAUGCGAGGCGAACGUCCGCAUACAGACAUCAGAGAGCCCCUCGACACGUACAGGAAGGACGACCACCACGAAGCACAAUUCCAGGACAAGUCGCACGGGCUCAUCGGCAUGUCCCAGCUCUAUCUGCCCAACGCGCGCGUGCCGGACAACUGGACCAAGGAAGACGAACUCUACGCGAUGAGGCGCGACGUCGAAAGACAGAUUGUCGAAAGGCAGGUCGGCCACCAUUCCGAUCGAGUCGCCCCCCUGACGGAGCCGCUACGCUCCCACCCCAUCUGGAUGAGGCGCGGCAGUGAGUCGACGACGACGACAGCGACGUACUCGGCCACCAGAUCGCCGACGAUAAUGAGCACAUCGACGUACUCGAACCCCAAAUCACCGACGGCGCUUCUGCGUAUGAACGGAUACGAACCGAAGAACAUAAGGAACGGCGUGAACAAGAACUUCACAAUGUCAUGGUUGUAA